CAAUGUGCCUGACCAUCUCCAUCUUCUUACACCUGUUUUUCGUGAGUGCCUCUCUAUUUCUCCUUUUGGAAGUGAUAUGCAUGUGCCAACUCCUCACCACUUAUUUUCCAAAGAUCAUCGAAGCCUCAGUCAAAAACGUCAUGCUUAUUGGUUGGUCAUUUCCAGUUGUAAUAACAGGAGUAACUGCCAUUGUAUGCCACAAUCAGUACACAACGAAAAAGAACUGCUGGCUCAACACAGAUGAGUCACCCUAUUGGCCUACCCUGAUACCCAUGAUGGUAUUUUCUUGUCUUCAAAUAGUUUUGAUACUAAUUAUAACAGUGUUCCCAUCACAUGUAUCAUUGCCUGAAGAACUUUAUAAGAGAGCCAAGUGCUACAAGACAACACGCUGGGCCUCAGCUAUUAUUACUAUUAUGCUGUGUUUAUCGUGGUCAUUUGGAGUCAGAGCUUAUCAUAGGGGUGAGGAAACAUAUUACGCAGCCUUCACUGUAGCCAGUAUCUUCCUCGGAGUUUGCAUAAUCAUUCUCAGGAUAUCAACUGACGAAGAGAUGCGGGAAAAAAUGACACUUUAUGUUUUAUGCUGGCUAAAACCUGUCAAUAAAGUGAAUGCAUCAAAUGCUAACCUGUUUUUGACCAAAAAACCUUUUUCUGAGGCACAAGAAGACUUGAAAAAUGGAAUGCUACCGAGUGCAGCUGACGAAACUUGAAGAAUGGCGUGAAUUUGUUAUCAAUAUUUCUAAUAUAAGGAUUUUUUCUAGAAAUAUCUUCCAUUGGAAAGUGGAGAAUAUAUUUUAGAGUAGCAGCAGAUGAAAUAACAUUACGACUGAAGAAUUCAUGAAAAGAAUGCCUUAUUAUUCUUACAUCGAAGCUAUCGAAUUAUUUUUAAACCAAAUUUAAUUAGCUCAGAAGAUUUUUUUAAAAUUUAUAUGAGGGUGCAGAGCCUAGUUUUUAACAAAAAAUCCUUUUUUUCUUUUUUGAAAUUUUUUAAUGAAAAAAGUUAUGCUAUCAAUUUUUAUGCAGUUUUCGUCGAAAUUCUAGCUCAUGACAGGUUUGCUUUCUCUUCUCUAUACUAGAUAGCCUGAGAUCGAUUUCGAUAGAAGCAGAAUAUCGCUAUCGGAUCAUCAA